GUUAAUAUCUUUCCCUCGUUCUCUGCCGUUUCUUCUCUGUCCUGGCUGUUCGGUGAUGCAAGUGUUCAACGUUUGCACACUGACAGUAAAAGCAAUCUGAAACAGGAAAUCCACAAAAAUGGCAGCAAUGUGCUACAAAAUUUCUAUAAACUCUAAUAUCAAUACCAAUGGCCUACUUUCACCUCCCCCAAACAAAUUACACUCACAUCUUUUACUCUCAAAUCAAAAAUUUUGUGGCCGCAGGACCCUUGCAAGUCCACCUUUUUCAUUGAUACGAAGUAAAAAAUGUUGGCAUGGAUCACUUCGAGUUUCGAAUUCGAGUCAGUCUUCGGCGUCUAACUCCUUCGAUGUUGUCAUAGUUGGUGCCGGAAUCAUUGGAUUGACCAUCGCACGCCACUUGCUCCUUGCCUCAGAUCUCUCCGUCGCCCUAGUUGAUGCUGCUGUUCCUUGCUCUGGCGCAACUGGAGCAGGUCAAGGAUACAUAUGGAAAGCACACAAAACACCCGGUACUGAGAAAUGGGACUUAAUGAUGAGAAGCCACCAAUUAUGGGAGAGCCUAGCCAAGAGAAUUCAACUUCAAGGGAUGGAUCCUUUAGAGGUACUUGGCUGGAAGAAAACAGGAAGCCUUUUAGUAAGUAAAACAACAGAUGAGUCAGCAAUAUUAAAAAGGAGGGUGGAGGAGCUAUCACAGGAGGGAUUGAGAGCUGAGUUCUUGUCCUCCAAUGACUUGCUAUCAGAAGAACCGGAACUUGUGGUUGAGAAGGAAGGUGGGGCAGCUUUUUUCCCGGAUGAUUACCAAUUAGACGCUCAUCGUACUGUUGCAUUUAUUGAGAAGGGUAACAGGCAUUUUGCUGUGGAAGGGAGAUAUGCUGAAUUUUAUCAUGAACCCGCUAUUGGAUUAGUUAGACAUGGAAAUAGCUGCGAGGUUGGAGCUAUUCAAACUUCCAAGAAUACAUUGCACAGUAAGAAGGCUGUUGUGAUUGCAGCAGGUUGUUGGACUGGGUCUUUGAUGCACGACCUGAUUAAGCAACCAGAUAUUGACCUCGACCUUCCCAUAAAGCCUCGAAAGGGUCACUUGCUUGUGAUAGAGAAUUUCAAGUCAUUCAAGCUGAAUCAUGGAAUUAUGGAGGCAGGUUAUACCAAGCAUCAGUCGGCAACCCUUAAAGCUACUUCAUCUGAUUCAGGGCCUGUCUAUAAUGCACAAGAUUUGUCUGUUUCAAUGACGGCAACUAUGGAUGCAUCAGGCAAUCUCGUCCUUGGGAGUAGCCGACAACUUGUUGGGUUUAACACAGAGGUAGAUGAAUCUGUCAUCAACCACAUAUGGCAGCGGGUUGGAGAGUUCAUACCUGCUUUAAGACAUGAAUCUCUUGAAGAUUUGCGUGAAAGCAGAGAAGUUAGAAUAGGACUUAGACCUUACAUUCCUGACGGGAAGCCUGUCAUUGGGCUUGUUCCUGGAUUUUCAAACGUCUUUCUUGCUGCGGGGCAUGAAGGAGAAGGACUAUCACUGGCUCUCGGAACAGCGGAAAUGAUUGCUGAUAUGGUGUUGGGAAAUCCUUCUAAAGUAGAUGCAGCACCUUUUACUCUGCUAGGCCGGUGCUUCCACUAAAUAGUGAACCCAAUGCCAUGAUUGAGCAUAAAUAAAGCCGAAAUUUGAAUGCCCUCCACCCUGAAGGUCACAUCAUAUUCUUAUGUUACUGCUGCAUGAUGUUGCAUUUUUGUUAUAGCUUUUCUUUCUAUCAUUUCAGUGCAAUAACUGAAUAAUGGGAAGUUACAACUGUUUAUAUUGGCAUGUGGAUUUAUCAACAGAGAUUGUAGCAAUGAUAAGUUGAUGAAUUGGCUCUGGCAUGCAGUUAACAGAUUUUGAAUGAACAGAGAUGUAGCUUCUAUAGAUAGAGACAAGCUAGAACUAUUCCAGCAGGACUCAUCUUCCCAGCUCUCCAACCAUAUGGCUCUUAUGUAAACUAAAAUAGCAAAAUGCUUUUGCUGUGUUUGAUAUCCUUAUGGAUUUAGUGCUUGCAAUGUUUCAUUUUGAGUUCUAUCUGUUCUAGCUCA